CGCAGACGUGUUUGGUGUAAUGGAUGCGGGAGAAAGAUUUGAAGACAGGCGAUUCGUUCCUGAAAAGGCAAAAUGAUGUCACGGGGGCGUGUUGAAGCGCUUGCACAUUUUCCCCAUCUGCUUUCUUCUGGCAAAUGAAUCUAUCAAUUGUCCAUCAUUACAAUGUGCUCUGCUCUACUUUUUAUUUGUUGGUUUUGGAUGAUUCCACCGUGGGAAAGGAACUGCUGGUCUAUCUAGAAUCGUCGUUUAUGGGUCCGCUCAUCCAGCAAAAUGCAGCUAGGACACAAGGCCAAAGGCAAAGUAGAGCGCGAAAUCGGUCAUCUGGAGGAUUCUCUAAGACGCCUUAGGCGCUUUUGUCCUUCCUUGUAUCGAACCAAAGCUCACAUUGUUAAUACGAAGAACAAAGUAGGAAAAUUGGGCAAUCUCUUCAAUCCGAACCAUCGCCACGACGAGGCCCAUGAGCUCAUGACAGACCACAAAAGAACGGAUAUUGCGCAGUCCCAUCGAUUCAGCUCCUUUGCGCCGGUCCGUGAGGGUAACAAGAUCAAGUGGUACGUCGAUGCUCGAGACUACUUCUGGGCUGUUUCCGAGGCUCUUGAGAAGGCCAAAGAGUCGAUAUACCUGGCAGACUGGUGGAUUUCUCCGGAAUUAUUCUUGCGAAGACCGCCAUAUGGCAAUCAAUACUGGCGGCUUGAUCAGAUCCUGAAACGUCGGGCAGAAGCUGGGGUCAAAAUCUAUGUUAUUAUAUAUAAGGAGAUGAGUCAAGCAAUCACCUGCAAUUCAGCCCACACGAAGGAUGUUUUCAAUCAUCUUUGUCCAAGGGGCACUCCGGGCUUUGGGAACAUCCACGUUCUGCGCCAUCCAGAUCACUUUGUUUUUGAAAAUGCUGCCGACAUGACCUUCUACUGGGUAAGGGGAAGGAGAGACUUGUACAUAAUAUGGGAGCAUCUUACUUCGGGCUGACCAACUUCCCACAAUGGGAAUUACACAGGCACAUCACGAAAAAUUCAUUGUCAUUGAUCACACACUCGCCUUCAUCGGUGGCCUUGAUCUCUGCUGGGGUAGAUGGGACACCAAUCAACAUUCCUUGGCUGACGUUUAUCGAAAUCCGCUCCUCGAAAUGUUUCCCGGGCAAGACUACAAUAAUAACCGUAUCAUGGAUUUCCAGUCUGUGCAGCAGUGGGAAACGAAUGCGUUGAACAAGUCCGAAUACGCCCGAAUGCCUUGGCAUGAUGUUGCGAUGGGUCUAAUUGGAGAUUGCGUGUACGACAUAGCAGAGCAUUUCAUUCUCCGGUGGAAUAUGGUCAAGCGUGACAAAUACAAGCGGGAUCAGAAUGUCGACUGGAUUAUUCUUGAAGGCCGCACGGGCAGGGAUGAAGACCUUAUCUCUGUUCAGCAUCCAAAGUACCCCUGUGGUGAUUAUAUUCUACAUCCUUUUUCUCCACUAAAAUUGAGACCCCGGGGGGUGCAAGGCACAGUCCGUGCACAGGUAGUGCGCAGUAGCGGCGACUGGAGCAGUGGGAUCCUGGUAGAGCACAGCAUUCAGAAUGCCUACGCGGAGAUCAUCCGCAAUGCCGAGCAUUUCGUCUACAUUGAAAACCAGUUCUUCAUCACUACCACCGAGCAUGGGCAAACACCUAUAUACAACACAGUCGGGCAGGCAAUCGUAGACGCCUGUGUCCGAGCAGGCAAAGAAGGGAGGAAGUUCAGGGUGAUCAUUGUGAUCCCAGCUAUACCUGGAUUCCCUGGCGACCUUAGGAGUUCUGGUGCAACCGGCACCCGGGCUAUUAUGGACUACCAGUUCAAAUCCAUCAACCGUGGUGAGCAUUCGGUAAUGGGCCGAAUUGCUGCACAGGGGGUCGAUCCUAACCAGCAUAUUUUUGUAUUCAACAUGCGUUCAUAUGACCGUAUAAAUUACCCCCCGAAACAAUUAGAGCGGGAUCAGCGCGCCGGCAUGGAUAGCAUUUCUAUCCAGCUUGAACUAGCAGAUGCGCUCAUGGGUGAGGGCGCCUUCCCGGACGAUGAUAAUAAAGGCCAUCGCCAUCAUGGGAAGAGAAAGAGCAGGCGUGCUAUGGAGAAAUACCAACGGAAAUUUGAGUACAUACGAGAGUCCACGUCGCGACUCGAGGAGGAUAAAGCAGACCGUAGAAUCCGAGGCAAGGACUCUGUUGCAGAAAUUGCCAUGGCCAACGGUGGGAAAAUGUCAGACGAGCAAUGGGAAGGGGAUCCAGAGCGCGAGAAGAAGCAUUUUGUCCAAGAACAGCUGUAUAUUCAUGGCAAACUAUGCAUUGUGGAUGACCGGGUUGUCAUAUGCGGCAGCGUCAAUAUAAACGACAGGUCCCAACUAGGCGACCGUGACAGCGAACUCGCCAUAGUCAUGGAAGACCAAGACCUCAUCGACAGCACGAUGGACGGCAAGCCCUACAAAGCAGCCCGUCAAGCAGCUACUCUCCGCCAACACCUCUGGAAGGAACAUCUCGGCCUGCUACCAGCCCAGAAACCAGAAGCACAGGACGACCCCAACGCCCAACCCCCAGACGUCUGCAUGAACCAAGUCAUCGAGGGCCCGGAAAACGAGCUCGUCCAGGAUCCCCUCGGCGAUAAGCUCUGGAAGACGUGGACGGAGACGGCGACGCUGAACACCGAGAUCUACCGAUAUCUCUUCCACGCGGACCCGGAUGAUUGCAUCCGGACAUUCGAGGAUUAUGACCAUUUCAGACCCCCGGGACGGUACAAGGAGGGCCAUCUCUUUGAUUCCAAGUUACCUGCGGCCGAGGUGAGGCGGAAAUUGGACCAGAUCCGGGGUCAUGUAGUCUGGAUGCCUUUGGAGUUCUUGAGGGACGCAGAGAUGGCAGAACCAGGAUUAACUGUAAAUAGAAUUACAGAGAGUAUAUACACAUAGACUAGAUAAUCCCAGUUAGUAGCUGAAUACAGCGAAUCUAUUCACAGAACAAAUGUUCAAGGUAAGCAACUGGAAGCAACUGGGAGCAACUGGUCUCACAGCCCCAUUUACAUAUUGACAUUUGAGAAAGAAAGAGAAAUACACCGCAUAUGCUGUACACGUUUGCUAUGGUAUGCCCAUGCACAGCGUAAAUGUUCAGGUAAGACAGCCGCAGGGCGAUAACUAACCCAAUUAACUAUGCCCCGAUCUAUCCAGGUAAACCCGGAAUUAUCACGACCUCAUUGGUGCCUUUGCGUAAAAGUAAUUCAGAUGAUGUACCGAUACAACAGGCUGCGUAUGCUGGUGAUUUUCCACUACCAGAGGAUGAUGAUGCUGCAUGUAGAUCUCCCGCAGAAUGACAAACAGAAGGACCUUGUUGGAACAUGGUGAGUUCAACUGUG